GGCACCACUGGAGCGGCGGUGCCCGAAGACGCGCCCCAGGCUCGAAGAACAGCCCUGCGCGGUCGCCUCGUUCUCUGCAGCCAAGCGGCGCGUCCUGGGUGAAAGCUUAUGUAAACCUGGACACAUUUUUUUUCAAUUAAAAAAGGAUGUUCUUUUAAAGAAUAUUGAAGACGAAGUUUUUUGUUUUGUUUUGUUUUUUUGUUUGUUUUUUAAUGGCUUUACAGAAUUUUAAAUUGAAUACAAUUUGACAUGACGGCAAAAAAUGUUGGUUUGACUUCUACAAAUGCAGAAUUAAGAGGAUUUAUAGAUCAGAAUCUCAGUCCAACAAAAGGUAACAUUUCAUUUGUUGCAUUUCCAGUUUCCAGCACCAACUCACCAACAAAGAUUUUACCAAAAACCUUAGGACCAAUAAAUGUGAAUGUUGGACCCCAAAUGAUUAUAAGCACACCACAGAGACUAACCAGUUCAGGAAGUGUUCUGAUUGGGAGGCCAUACACCCCUGCACCAGCAAUGGUUACUCAGACACACAUAGCAGAAGCUACUGGCUGGGUCCCUGGUGAUAGAAAACGGGCUAGAGAAUUUAUAGACUCUGAUUUUUCAGAAAGCAAACGAAGCAAAAAAGGAGAUAAAAAUGGAAAGGGCUUGAGACAUUUUUCAAUGAAAGUGUGUGAGAAAGUUCAGCGGAAAGGUACAACAUCAUAUAAUGAAGUAGCUGAUGAGCUGGUGUCCGAGUUCACCAAUUCAAAUAACCAUUUGGCAGCUGAUUCGCAGGCUUAUGACCAGAAGAACAUUAGGCGAAGAGUUUAUGAUGCUUUAAAUGUGUUAAUGGCAAUGAACAUAAUUUCAAAGGAAAAAAAAGAAAUCAAGUGGAUUGGCUUGCCUACCAAUUCUGCUCAGGAAUGUCAAAACCUGGAGAUAGAGAAGCAGAGGCGGAUAGAACGGAUAAAGCAGAAGCGGGCCCAGCUUCAGGAACUUCUCCUGCAGCAAAUCGCUUUCAAAAACCUGGUACAGAGAAAUCGGCAAAAUGAACAGCAGAACCAGGGCCCUCCAGCUCUGAAUUCCACCAUUCAGCUGCCAUUUAUAAUCAUCAAUACAAGCAGAAAAACAGUCAUAGACUGCAGCAUCUCCAGUGACAAGUUUGAAUACCUUUUUAAUUUUGACAACACCUUUGAGAUUCAUGAUGACAUAGAAGUGCUGAAGCGGAUGGGAAUGUCCUUUGGCCUGGAGUCAGGCAAAUGCUCCUUGGAGGAUCUGAAACUUGCUAAAUCACUGGUGCCAAAGGCUUUAGAAGGUUAUAUCACAGAUAUCUCCACAGGACCGUCAUGGUUAAAUCAGGGACUGCUUUUGAACUCUACCCAGUCAGUUUCAAACUUAGACCUGACCACUGGUGCCACCUUGUCCCAAUCAAGUGUAAACCAAGGGUUGUGCUUGGAUGCUGAAGUGGCCUUAGCAACGGGGCGGUUCCUUGCCCCAGACAGUCACCAGUCCGGCAGUGCGGCCUCUCACUGCUCUGAGUCCCGAGGCGAGACCCCCUGUUCCUUCAACGACGAAGACGAGGAAGAGGACGAGGAGGAUUCCUCCUCCCCAGAAUAAAGACAGGCGCAAACCCACGUUCUACUUUUUGAUGCUCAUGUGUGUUUUUAGUGUGAGCUCUUGUGUUUGAAACGAUUGCUUCGGUCUUUGCCUUUGUUUGCACUGUGUGUUCAGUGAAAACUAGGGAAACACAAUAAGCAAAUUACCUGAAGGCUGAGAGGAUUGAGAUGAAAGUUAACGUAGUGUGAAUGAAAACUCUGAACGACAGAGCAGUAGAUCACAUGGCAAACAAAGCAUGUACUCGGAGGUGGCGGAGGGGAUAGUCCCUGAAUUGACAGCACGAACGCAGCGCAUUUAUCUUCCGUGAGGCGGGGCGCCGCGGCCCCCAAACCCACGCAGCCCUCCUUGUUGCCGAGGUGGCUCCAUGAAACAGUCCCCGACGGCCGUGUGCCCCACGCCCCGCUCCCUGCUCUGGGCUGCCUUUCACGAGGCGGAGCUGAACACGAGAGGUUCCCGGUGGGAGGAGCUGUACAGCGAGGGAUGGAGACCCUCGUGGCCCAAGGAGCGCAGAUUGAACCGCUGAACUAGGUGCAAGUCUAGUCGAGGUGCUUUACGCAUCAGCUGCCUUAGACGGCUUCUAGAAAGGAGCGAACGCUAAUUCUUGAGUACUUAAGUGACAUUUAGAAUAAUUUAUAGUCAAACUGAAAUGAUCACUAUUAGCCAAUGCAUUGGUGCAUAGAAUUUUCUAGGGCUACUUCUGGAAGCCAAAAUAGAAUAGCAUUUCCACGUGCAUUAAAUACUUUGCCAGCACUGCCUUUCGCCAGCAACCUAAAUCUGGAGUUUUACAAGAGAAGGAAAUUGUCUCUAUCGUUUUAAUCAGAGCUAUGCGUUUCAUACAGCUUUUUCACCUAGAACAAAACAAAGGAACAAGUCCCCAUGACUGAGUUGCUUGCUUAUAGUUCCCUGCCGUAAUUGUAUGAUUUCACCCAGUGUGCAAUUUGUGAAAAUGAACUGUCAUUACUUUUGUCUGAAAAGUAUUUCCAGAAUAUGAACAGCAAUGUUUUCCUGUACAUGUCA